AGGACUAUGGUCCUUUUACUAGCUAAAGUUUGGUGUAUAAACUUAUAAAUUGUGUGUGCAUUUUUUUUUGACAAAUGACUUAGUGUUAAAUUUAAAUUAAAAUGGCUCCAUUGCGAGUGCCGACAGACUUUUUUACGGAUGAUGUGACUGACUUUUUGAACUAUUCGACGCAGCAUCCGGAAAUCGAAUCACCCAGACAUCACUUGCGUCACAGAAAUCAUUCUCGCGAUCAUUCGAGAAAUCACAAUGUUGUCGAUAUGCUAUCAAAUUCGAUAAUGGAGGUGAUAAAUACUAAAUUUAUUCCGGACAAUAGUGUUCUGCCGGAUAUGGAGCCGCUAUCUACACAUAUGGACGGGCAGGAGCGGCAUCCACUAAAGAUGAAUAUAACGAUGAACCGGUCUGACUUCGGUGUGAUAAGCGAGGAGUUGCUUUACCGGCACAGCGGGGCGAUGACCGCGGUCUACUGCGUGGCCUACCUGCUGGUGUUCGUGGUAGGCCUAGUGGGUAACUGUUUCGUGAUAGCGGUGGUGUACCGCUCGCCGAGGAUGCGGACCGUCACCAACUUCUUCAUCGUGAAUCUCGCCGUUGCUGAUAUCCUGGUUAUCGUGUUUUGUCUGCCUGCUACUUUGAUGUCUAAUAUAUUUGUCCCGUGGGUGCUGGGUUGGCUUAUGUGUAAGACGGUGCCGUACGUGCAAGGAUUGUCCGUCGCCGCCUCCGUCUACAGCCUCGUCGCCGUCUCACUCGACAGAUUUCUCGCCAUCUGGUGGCCUCUCAAAUGCCAAAUAACGAAGCGGCGCGCGCGCAUGAUGAUCGUCUUCAUCUGGAUAUUCGCCAUCUCCGUCACCACGCCCUGGGUAUUCUUUUUCGACCUGGUAGUGGUUUUCGAAGACAGCCCCCACGUACGGCUCUGUCUCGACGUCUGGCCCAACCCCUUGAGCGAGAUACUGUACUUUGUUAUCGGAAACCUCAUCUUCUGCUACAUUCUGCCGAUGGUUCUUAUUACCAUGUGCUACAUCCUUAUCUGGAUCAAAGUGUGGAGGCGCGCGAUCCCAACCGACACACAGGAUGCGCAGAUGGAGAGAAUGCAACAAAAGUCCAAAGUGAAAGUUGUCAAGAUGCUGGUCGUGGUAGUCAUAUUGUUUGUGCUAUCCUGGUUUCCUUUGUAUCUUAUAUUCGCGAGGAUAAAGUUGGGGGGGCCAGUGCAGAAAUGGGAAGAGGACAUAUUCCCCGUGGUAACGCCGCUGGCGCAGUGGCUUGGCUCCUCCAAUUCCUGCAUCAAUCCUAUAUUGUAUGCCUUCUUCAACAAGAAGUACAGGAAGGGAUUCGUCGCCAUCAUUAAGAGCAGGAAGUGUUGCGGGAGGCUGCGGUAUUACGAGACGAUUGCACUUCAGUCCUCGAGUACUUCGACUAGGAAAUCAUGGCACUAUAACAACAACAACCACGCAUCUAUUACUCGUCGGUCACCUCCCGUGGACAAGAAUGCUGUAUCGUUUAUCUUCAACCACACGGGAGUUUAAUUCUUCCGCAACGGAUACUGGAAUUGGUUACAAAAGUGCCGCUGGAGUCCGAGAGAUGUCGCCCUUCGGAGUGAUUAGGGCGUGUGUCAUAUCGACGACUAUUUUCUACGCUUGAAACAUCCAGCACAUUUGCGUUGGCAAAUUUGUUAUGGUACAAGAACCAAAUUCUCGACCAUAGUGAAAUUCAAUAAGAUAAUAAAUAACUAAACGCAAUCAUUAUUGUAUUCGAUAGUUUUUACUACUGUUAAGAUAUCUUUUUUACCUGUAACAUUAGAAGAGGUGUA